CGUUUGUUCGACCAACUUUGAUAGGUAGACGUUGUUGUCACGCAGUUCAGAAGCACGUAGUACGCUCUCCGUAGAGAAUAUUCAAGAGCUAGUAUUGCAGGCGCUGGUACGCACAAGUUUAUUAUCAUCUCAAGCAUCGAGGAAAUUCUAGAGACUAAUUUUGAUUCAAAUCAAAGAUAUAUAAAAUCUUUUACCAUGGUAUCGUCAACAACUGUUGAAAAUGGAGAUACAGUUCCAUCAAUAAAAGCCUCUCCAGCUGAAGGAAUUCCUCCAGGAAAUUACCGAUUAGUUGGUUUGGACAUUGAUGCUACAGGAAGAAAAUUUGUUGAUGAAAUUUGCCAGAUUGCGGGCUAUACUUCGAAGUCUAAAUUUGCUCAAUACGUAAUGCCCUUUAGAAACUUGAAUCUUGCAGCACGAAAAAGACACAAUUUAAAGGUUGUAACUAUCGGAAAAUACCGUGUGUUGAAGAGUAGCAGAACAAACUCAGUAUUGAAGACUAAGAGUGAAAUUUCAGCAAUAUCAGACUUUCUAUCAUGGUUAGAAGAAAUUAAAAAGGAUAAUGAAGAUGGAAUUAUUUUAGUCCACCAUGAAUCGCGUAAAGUUAUUCCGGUCAUGCUAUUAGACUCAUUGAUGAAGUACAAACUGCUCGAGAGAUUCAAAAAAACUGUCAAAGGAUUCGUUAAUGGAUUUGAUGUUGCCACUUCGAAAUGUGCCAAUACUCUGCAAGCUUUUUCAUUACGAACGUUAUCUCAUACAUUAUUAAACGAGAAAGAUCCGUGUGAUAACGCAGAGACUCGAGCUCGAUUAGUGUACAAAAUUCUUCAACAUUUAAGCAACGAUGAAGAGAAUGCAGAAACUAAUGAAGGGAAAGAAAAAGAUGAUGCUACAUCCAAAGCUACAAUUGAAUUCAUCAGAGAAUUUGUUCAACCCGUAGAGGCAGAAGAGAAAGAGCAUGAAAUUCAAAAACUUAUGCUUGAACGCGAGUAUAGCUUAAAGCCUAUUUUCCGACCUCUUGUCCAAAUGAGUCGUCGUGAACGUCAUCACGCUACUCGUUUACGUGGACUACUUGCUGAAUCCUACAUCGACUAUACACAAUUGAAGGAAGCAUGGGCCGCAGGUCAGAAAGAAGCUUUAGAAAAAAUGAUCAAGGAAAAAGUCGCAAAAGCAACAGUUAAAGAAAAAGAAGACCUCAUAGAAGUACUCGAGUGCCAUUUUGAUCCUGAGAAGAAACCCAAGAUUAAUAUUGAGACUGAUGUUAAGAAAAAGACUAAGAAAACUCAAAAUGUAAAGAAUAGCAAAGAUGUGUCGGGAACUGAAAGUCCAGAUACUACAACAGUUCAUUCACCGCCUCAGGUGAAAACUGAAGUUGUUGAACAGGAAUCUACAAAAGUAUUAGGUUAAUUUGCAUCAGUGCCUUAUACGUACUACGGUACCAAUAAUCGAUAAGAAAAUGCUUUAUUUUUAUUACACAUUCUAAUCAAGACUCUGCGAUAUAUUUAACUUACUAAAUAUUGAGAUUUUUAGUUUAAAUUUAUUCAUAUUCAAAUAAGAUAUAUUUGAUUUUCAUGUUGAUGAUUUAUAAUUAUUUAUUAUAGAUCUUAUUUUAUUUUUUGUUCUGAAUUGCGGAGUUUAUUAAGAAUCGUUAUAUUUUUUCUAAUAACAUGUUCUCGGAGAGCAAUAAGAUAUAAAUAUAUAUAAAUAUAUUAAAAAGAACAAAUUACCAAUGAUACGGGCGUAUCAUUAUAUAAGAUUAAAUUAAUAAAAUCGUGGCUUAUAUUUUUAAUUAAUCUUAGCUAAUUUUUUCAUUGUUACUAUUUUAAUUAAUAGUACUGAAAUGUACUUAUUUUUUUUCUUUCUUUUUAAUUUAUUAAUUUUUUUUUGUUUAUCAGCAUCGAACAAAUAAAUAUUUGCCAUGAUUAAGAAAGAAAUCAUUAUAGUUAAUGAAUUAUGUAUCUAAUGAAUGCCUGCUAUUUUCUAGUUAAAUUUGGAUCUCACUGAUUAUAUAAAUAAAAAAUGUUUGGAUGUAAAUCAAGAA